AUGGCGGCGUUCAGCUUCCCUCUGAGAGUAGAUACAGAAUUUCCAUGUGCUAUAGAUGCCAAAUGUUUUACACAGAACACAAAGCCUAUUACCCCACAGACAAGUAUGCCAAGUGAGAGGCCAUUUCUAUGUUCUGAGUGUGGGAAAUGUUUUACAUACAAAUCAAAUCUUAUUAAACAUCAGAGAUAUCACAUAGGUGAGAAGCCAUUUCCAUGUUCUGAGUGUGGGAAAUGUUUUGCACACAAAUCAGAUAAUAUUAGACAUCACAGAAGUCACACAGGUGAGAAGCCAUUUCCAUGUUCUGAGUGUGGGAAAUGUUUUGCACAAAAAUCAGAUCUUGUUGCACAUCAGAGAAGUCACACAGGUGAGAAGCCAUUUCCAUGUUCUGAGUGUGGGAAAUGUUUUGCAUACAAAUCAGUUCUUAUUAGACAUCAGAGAAAUCACACAAGUGAGAAGCCAUUUCCAUGUUCUGAGUGUGGGAAAUCUUUUGCACACAAAUCAGAACUUAUUAAACAUCAGAGAUAUCACACAGGUGAGAAGCCAUUUCCAUGUUCUGAGUGUGGGAAAUGUUUUGCACACAAACAAAAUCUUAUUAUACAUCAGCGAAGUCACACAGGUGAGAAGCCAUUUCCAUGUUCUGAGUGUGGGAAAUGUUUUGCACAGAAACCACAUCUUGUUAAACAUCAGAGAAGUCAUACAGGUGAGAAGCCAUUUCCAUGUACUGAGUGUGGGAAAUGUUUUAUCCAGAAAUCACAUCUUAUUAAACAUGAGAGAAGUCACACAGGCGAGAAGCCAUUUUCUUGCUAUGAGUGUGGGAAAUGUUUUACCUGGAAAUCACAACUUGUUACACAUCAGCGAAGUCACAGGCGAGAAGCCAUUUCCAUGUUCUGA